AUGGCCGACUACGAACCAGCUGACAAGCACUGGGCCAAGAGAUAUAUUUUGGAUCCCCUGACUGCCCCGGAGCCUUCGCAAGAAACCGGACCAGGCUCCUCCCACUAUAACGUCCAGCUCCGGACCACCCGGCCCAUCCCCGUCGCUUCGCCGCCCUCGUCGCCGUCACCGCGCCGCGCCUGCUCCACCAAGUCCAACAGCCAACACCAUCAUCGUGCCUCGAGAAAGCAAUCGCCCAGUGUCAGCAGUGACGACGACACUCGGGAUCCCUUCACCGAUAACCGCACCUCGGCCAACUUUUUUAACAACCCUACACCCCCCGAGUCCUCCGGCUUCUUAAAGUCCAAUCCUUACUCGGCCCGGCGCACCUUCAACCUCGACACCCACCACGAGGAGACACACUCGCACCGCAGCGGCCUCGUCUCACCCCCGCAGUCCCCCGAAUUACCUGUGUCAGACAGCGCGCAGCCGUUGUCUCUCUCCACAGCGGACUACCACAGCGGCCGUGUCCCCAUCCGCUCCGUCAGCUCUCGAUCCGCCCCCGGCCCUUCGUCCCGGCACUACACCGGCUCCCCGGAGCCGUCUCAGCACAACCGCAGCCGCAGCGACGGCCAACACCGCUGCCAACAUCACAGCCAGCCGCGCCCAUCCGGUCUCGCCGAACGCUUCCCCGGUGACAUGUCCCACCGCCCGCUCGACAUGAUCCGCCGCGAGACUCGUGCCGCCGAUCGCCGGCACCGCAAGCGCGUGUCCGAGGCGGACACCAUCGACCUGCUCGACACCAUCGGCCCGGCGUACCACCACGGCGGGCCGUACGAUGCGACCCUCGCCAGCCGCAACAUGAACAAGAUGUACUCGCCCGUCGAGGCCGUGCGCGACUCAAACAUGGCCGCCCUGCGCGCCACCCCGCGCGAGUUCAUCCGCGACGCCCUUAUCCACCACCGCCCGCUCCAGGGCACCGCCACCGUCCCCAGCGGCGCCCUCGACGCCAGCGGUCGCCGCAUGUCCUACGAGGAGGGCGCCGACCUUAUGCGCGAGCCCGACGCGCCCGGCGGCGCCUACCGCCGCUACGACUUUGUCGACUACCACCCCGACGACCUCAAGGGCAAGGGGGAGCCCUCGUACACCAUCGAGCGCGACCUGAAGAAGAACAGCAAGGACCGCCGCCCCGGUGACGAGGACGCCAUCGAGAUGGAAAGCAAUCCUCUCAUGGCCAAGAGCCUGCGCCGCCGGAAGAGCGUCCCCGCCGCUACCGGCGCCUCUUCCGGCGCGCAGCCUGCCGAGGGCGAGGCGGAGCAUGGCCUCAACCGCCACAACUCGGCCGGCCACCGCAUCAGCGAGGGCCUGAAGCGUCGCUUCGGCAGCCUGCGCCGCAAGAAGAGCGCCAACCCUGACUGCGACUAA